GGACUAUUCCUAUUCGUGCGCACAGCCGGAGCCACUCAGUGAAGCCCCACGGCGCGCUCCUCUGCACCUCCAGCUCCGCCACAGCCACAAACAAGCUCUCUCCUCUCUGUUCUGCUGCUGCUGCUGAGAUCCCACACCCGAGGCAACCAUGGAGGCCAUCAAGAAGAAGAUGCAGAUGCUGAAGCUGGAUAAGGAGAACGCCAUAGACCGCGCGGAGCAGGCCGAGGUGGACAAGAAAGGAGCUGAGGACAAGUGCAAGCAGCUGGAGGAGGAGCUGCUGGGCCUGCAGAAGAAGCUCAAAGGAGUAGAAGAUGAGCUGGAUAAGUACUCAGAGUCUCUGAAGGAUGCCCAGGAGAAACUGGAGCAGGCAGAGAAGAAGGCCACAGAUGCCGAGGCAGAAGUGGCUUCUCUGAACAGGCGUAUCCAGCUGGUGGAGGAGGAGCUGGACCGGGCCCAGGAGAGGCUGGCCACCGCUCUGCAGAAGCUGGAGGAAGCUGAGAAAGCUGCAGACGAGAGCGAGAGAGGAAUGAAGGUCAUAGAGAACAGAGCAUCAAAAGAUGAAGAGAAGAUGGAGAUCCAGGAGAUGCAGCUGAAGGAGGCCAAACACAUCGCUGAGGAGGCUGACCGCAAAUAUGAGGAGGUUGCACGCAAGCUGGUAAUUCUGGAGGGAGAUCUGGAGCGCUCAGAGGAGCGGGCCGAGGUGGCUGAGGCUAAAUCAGGUGACCUUGAAGAGGAAUUGAAAAAUGUCACCAACAACCUGAAGUCUCUGGAAGCUCAGGCGGACAAGUACUCACUAAAGGAGGACAAGUUUGAAGAGGAAAUCAAAGUUCUCACUGAAAAACUGAAGGAGGCUGAGACCCGUGCAGAAUUUGCAGAAAGGUCAGUAGCCAAGCUGGAGAAGACCAUCGACGAUCUGGAAGAUGAGGUUUAUGCUCAGAAGCUGAAGGGCAAGGCUCUGAGCGAGGAGCUGGAUCUGGCCCUCAACGACAUGACCAUGUCGUAGACGCUCGCUCACUUCCUUCCUGCUUCUCCUUCCUGUCUGAACGCUCCCUGCCUUUUCGCCCUUCUCUUCCGUUCAGCUCUGGUAUCGUGGGCUGGAAGACUUCAGGAAUGUAAUGUCCUUGUUCAGGCUGCAGCUCUGUUGUACAGGACUCUCACCAAACUCACUUCACUCCCUCUGCUGCAUGUCCUCUGAUUCUAAAUGAAUGUCAAAUAUCUGUGAAUCUGUUGCUCUCUUCAUUUCUGUAAUAAAGAUUUAAAGCUC